GCGGUAAAGGGGCAUUUGAGUCGGUGAAGAGGAAGCAGUAAUGGAGGAUGCAAUGUUUGGGUUGCACUUGUCGCAGUACCCCGGACCGUGGAAACGAUUUGACUUUGGCGUCCUGAGUUACCUGAUGUUGUUGCUCCCUCAUCUUCUGCUGCAGCGGGAACCGCAUUGUGUGUUUGGUGCGGAAGACAAAGAAUUGGUCGGAGCCCUUGGUUCAUCAGUUUUACUGGAUCCUAAAGUCAGAGUUGAUCUCAACAAAAGUGAAAUUCUUUGGAUAUUCGUUGCCAGCCACAGAAGCCCUCUCACCAUUUUACAUCACAUCCCACAUUACGCGAGGUGGGCAGAACCCAGUGAACAGUUCGAGUCCCGUUUGCAGUUUAAUCCGUCUAACGGCUCUCUGAUAGUGAACAGAUUAGACGCCAGAGACGAGGGAGCUUACAGCUUCACUGUGGAUAGACAAAGGCUGAAAGUAAUCCAAUUGCUCCUCUUUGAGAAGCUGGUUGAAGCUUUGAUAUUUUCCAACUCCACAUCCCUCAGUUGUGGUUCCACCAUCCAGCUCAUCUGUAACGUCAGUGGAGAUCCUCACCAGUAUCAAUGGCGGAAAGACGGAGGGGAAAUCUCCCAGCCAUACCAGCUGACAGACGGUAACAGGACUCUUGUGUUCCUGAAGGCUUCAAGACGUGACUGUGGAAUGUACACUUGUGUGGCAACCAAUCCUGUCAGCUCCAUCCAGACAGACUACACCCUGACUAUUCACGGCUUUCCCCCUGUGGACAUCGCAGUUAUAACUCUGUCGAUCAUCGAACUGAUGAUUUCUUCAUUGUUUCUUAUUGAUGGUGUUCUUCAGCACAGCUGGAAGCUGGAAUUUGACAAAGGACUGAAGAACCUCAGAAGUUGGUUGCUGGGCCUGUUUAUCUGUAAUGUUGUGUUUCUUGUGGCAAUCUUCAUUACUCUCGUUUGCUGGAUUAGCAGUGAAGGUUCGAAACUUUUCGCAGUGGCGGCUUCCUGCACUGUGCCUCUCCUGCUUUUGAUUUUGUUUCUACCACCCUCUGUUUCAAAGCUAUUCUCUUUCCAGAAAAAUACAGUGUUUUGGAAAUUGACUCCAUUUGGAUUUCACAUUGUUGUGUUCAUCACCUCGAUUACAUUCUUAACAUUAACAAGUAAUCCAAACUAUCAAGUUUGUGACAGCAGCUUCGUAACCUGGAGAGUAUUCUUCGCAUCAAUGUUGGGCUGUACAGUGUUCUUUCUCCUCCACCUUUUGCUCUGUCAGUCCCUAGGAACAGGACUUGCCUUUAACAUCUGGAGAAGAUAUAUCCAGAGGAAUAAUCGAAACCGAGGAACAAGGCAAGGCAGACAUACUGAAGUACAGAAGUUAGACGUUAUCCAAGUUGUCACAUCAGGUGACCAAUCUCUUCAAUUAGGAUUGGCACCACAUUCAGCAUCUUCUGAUACAUGUUAGUGGACUUGCCUCCCAGUGACCUUGAUUUAGGCAGGAGCCUGGGAAGAGUUUCUCGCCAACGUCAUGAGCUUACCCUGGAUGUGAACAAUUUUCAUUAGCACUGGAAUCAUUAUUCCAGAUUCUGAGAAGAAGCAGAGGGAGUCUCUUUCUCUUGGGCUUCUGACAGCUCUCCCCAUUUUCAGAAGUUGCAGCUUGUGUACACUAGCAGCUCGUCCACAUUCACACCACCCUCUGAGUGAAGAUGUUUCCCCACAGGUUUCCCUUAAAUAUUUAAUCUUUGACCCUUAACUUUCUAGUUUCACCUAACCUCAGUGGAGUGAGUUUGCUUGCAUUUACCCGAUCUAUAACCCUCAUAAUUUUGUAUACCGCUAUCAAACCUCCACUCAGUUUCCUAUGCUCCAGACAUAAGAACUCCCAACCUAUUCAACCUUUCCCUAUAACUUGAUUGAGAUGUAUCAGAUGAUAAGAGGCUUUGAACAUCCAGCUUCUUUCUUCAGGUGGCAAUGACUAAUACCAGAGUGCAGACUCUUAAUGUGAUUGGAGCAAAAUAUAGGGUGUGACGUCAGAGGUAGAUUUUUCUACAGGGAGUAGUGGUAAAUGCCUGGAAUCUCUGCUGGGCAUGGUUGUUGUGGCUGAUUCGUUAGUGACAUUAAGAGACUCUUGAAAUGGGCUUAUUGAUAAAUAAAGUUGGGGGAUGGUUAUUGGCUGUGUAGGAUGAAGGGUUUAGACUGAUCAUUGAGUAGGUUUAUAUGGGUCCACACAACAUCAUCAGCUAGAUAAUGUUCUAUUUUAACACCAACUUAAAAUUUAUACAAUAUUUUCAUAACUCACGUGUACAGAAAUUAACAAUGACAUUAGUGUAAAAUUGAGAGAGAGAGAGAAAAAAUUUUUUGUCUUAGUGUUAGGUUUUUCAGUUCACUCCAAGAUCCUGAGGGCAGUGGGGCAGACACUGUUGUUAAAGUGAGAUGUGGGUCUUCAUAACUUCGCCAUGGUCGGUCCCCAGCCCGCCUGUGAAAGGAGGAGGGUUAGGCAUGAGGCUCGCAACCUCAUCCUGUAAAAACCCACUGCUACAGAAGACCAACAGAGCUCCAAAGUCCUCAUCCCUGGGAGAGGAAGGAAACACCAAGAGACCAAGAAGGAACAUCAUCCUGUACAGAUGACGUGCUUAAGUAUGGAAGAAAAUGGCACCAGUGAACAACACGGCCAGCAAUGACAUCUUGUAAAUGAUUCACAAAGCUGCUACUGUCACUUCUUUUAUGUCAUCUUUUUCUUUCAUAUUUAGAACCAUAGAACAUUACAGCACAGAAACAGGCCUUUUGGCCCUUCUGGCUGUGCCGAACAAUUUUUCUGCCUGGUCCCAAUGACCUGCACCUGGGCCAUAUCCCUCCAAAACCCUCGCAUCCAUGUACCUGUCCAAGUUUUUCUUAAAUGUCAAAAGUGAGCCCUCAUUCACCACUUCAUCUGGCAGCUCUCUGUGUGAAGAAGCCCCCCCCCCCCCCAAUGUUCCCUUUAAACUUUUACCCCUUCACGCUUAACCCAUGUCCUCUGGUUUUUUUCUCCCCUGGUCUCAGUGGAAAAAGCCUACUUGCAUUCACUCUAUCUAUACCCAUCAUAAUUUUAUACACCUCUAUCAAAUCACCCCUCAUUCUCCUAUGCUCCAGGGAAUAAAGUCCUAACCUAUUCAACCUUUCUCUGUAACUCAGUUUCUCAAAUUCCGGCAACAUCCUUGUAAACCUUCUCUGCAUUCUCUCAACCUUAUUAAUAUCCAUCCUGUAAUUAGGUGACCAAAACUGCACACAUUACUUCAAAUUCAGUCUCACCAAUGUCUUAUACAACCUCACCACAACAUUCCAAUUCUUACACUCAAUACUUUGAUUUAUAAAGGGCAAUGUACCAAAAGCUCUUUUUACAACCCUAUCUACUUGGAAAGCCACUUUUAGGGAAUUAUGUACCAGUACUCCCAGAUCCCUCUGUUUUACUGCACGCCUCAGUGUCCUACCAUUUACCUUGUAUGUUCUACCUUGGUUUGACCUUCUGAAGUGCAAUACCUCACACUUGUCCAUAUUAAACUACAUCUGCCAUUUUUCAGCCCAUUCCUCCAACUGAUCUAAAUCCCUAUGUAAGCUUUGAAAACCUUCCUCACUGUCCACUACACCUCCAAUCUUUGUAUCAUCAACAAAUUUGCUGAUCCAAUUUGCCACAUUAUCAUCCAGAUCAUUGAUAUAGAUGACAAAUAACAAUGGAUCCAGCACUGAUCGCUGUGGCACACCACUAGUCACAGGCCUCCACUCAGAAUAGCAAUCCUCCACUACCACUGUCUGGCUCUUCCAUUAAGCCAAUGUCUAAUCCAAUUUGCUACCUCACCAUGUACACCUAGCAACUGAAUUUCCCAACUAACCUCCCAUGCAGGACCUUGUCAAAGGUCUUACUGAAAUCCAUGUAUACAACAUCCACUACCAUCCACUUUUCUGGUAACCUCCUCGAAAAACUCUAAUAGAUUGGUUAAACAUGACCUACCACGCACAAAGCCAUGCUGACUGUUUCUAAUAGGUCCCUGUCUAUCCAAUUACUUGUAGACCCUAUCUCUCAGUAUUCCUUCCAAUAAUUUACCUACUACUGAUGUCAAACUUACCGGCCUAUAAUUUCCUGGCUUACUUUUGUUUCUGCUACUUUUGGAACCUGUGAUCUAUAUUUUGGUGUUGUGUUAUUGGGCCAAUUGGAGUGAUCUAGCAUUUUGCUGCCAGUGAUGUGUUCGGUCAUGUUUCAUGCGAAGCCUGGAGAUGAGGCAUGAACCCAUGAUUGACUCCAUUUCUCACCGACUAAAGCUUUGAGGAAAACUGAAAUCCUCAAUCCGAGUGCGUGCGUAGCCCUGUCGACCUCUUAUUACUGCUGCAAGUGACGGCUGGCCUCCCUUUGCCUCUCACUACAGAGGACAGCGCUGCAGCCCUGGGUCUUGGGCAUGGUUGAAUUGAAGCAGUUUGUGGGUUGGACUCUGCACAUCAGGUUAUGAUGUGUUUCUGGUCGCUCCUUAUUUUUUCUUGCUAUUUUGGGCUAUUUUAAUUGAGGUGGCCUGCGUUUAGCAAAUGAUAGCACCAGAUUGAACUGACCUGGAUAUGCCUGAUUUGAUUUUGUGUUUUGUUUUAUUUAAUUUAUUUUUGGAUUUUUAUUUAUUUGUUAACUAACUGAUUAGUUUAUUGGUUGAGAUACAGGCCCUUACAGAUCUUCGAGCUGCGCUGCCCAGCAACCCACCGAUUUAGCCUUAGCCCAAUCACUGGACAAUUUAAAAUGACCAAUUAACCUACGAACUGCUAGUUCUUUGGACUGUAGGAGGAAAUCUAAGUGGUAACGGGGUUAACAUACAAACUCCUUACAGGCUGCGGCAGGAAUUGAACUGUACUAUAAUGCAUUAUACUAACUAUACUAUGUGUUGUAUAGUAACAGAAAACACACUUCUUUUGUAUGUUGGGGGUGGGGUGGUGGUUUAAUAUUUCUCUUUGAAUGGAUUCCAUGGUGUUUAUUUCGCCUGUAGGAAGAUGUGCUUGUGUACUGCAUACAUACUUUGAUAAUAAAUGUGUUUUGAAUCUGUGAACCUCUCCUCCAUGUUCUCUACCUGAACAGGUGCAGCACAAGACUGUCAGCUUGGUCCCCUGCUCUACUUUUUUUACACUUAUGACUGUCUGGCCAAGCACAUCUCCAAUGCCAUGUUCACAUUUGCUGAUGGCAGCACUGCCAUAGGCCGAGAAACCAAGGAGCUGAU